AUGAGUCAAACAUUCUCAUUGAUAUCUGUGUCUUCCAUCUUCAUUGGUUUUUUGGUCCUCAACUCCCUUUAUGGUGCAAAUGGAAAUAUAAUCAGAGAUGUGUGUAAGAAUGCGGUAACAAGUGAUCCCGACCUCAAGUAUGGUUUUUGUGUUGCAUCUCUUUCAGAAAACCCUAAAAGUAAAGAUGCUGAUCUUUUGGGAAUUGGAGAAAUAUCAUUACAAAUAUGUCUGCAAAAUGUAACAUCUAUUGAAUCUUAUCUUGAUAAAAUCGCCUUCGGAGUGGGUAAAGGAAAACAAAAUCCAAAGCAAUAUUACCCUUUAAACACUUGCUUAGGGAUGUACGGGAGUGCCAUUCGUUUUAUUAAUAUGGCUAUUACAAAUUUUAAAGAAAAAGAUUAUUACGCAGCUGAUAAGGUGUUGAGUGCUGCCUCCGGUGCUCCAACUGAAUGCGAACAUAGGUAUAAACAAUCUGGUUUGGAUUCUCCAUUUACCAAAGAAAAUAGUGAUUUCUUUCAGCUAACUAGAACUUCUCUUGCCAUUACUAAUAUGGUUAAAUAAUUUUUAAGUCUCUCUUUUGUUGGGAUAAUUAAGUAAUUGGACUUUAAUUCAAAUUAGAACUCGUAUCUUAAUCUUAAUAUAAUAGUAUCAUGUUUGAAUGGGUU